AUGGUCAAGUACCGGACUGUUGAAAAUCCAACCUCGGGAGUCACCAAAUCAAUGUCCCUGGAGACAUGGAACAUUAUAGGUCUUGCUGAUAUAUGGCGCUGCAAAAGAGGGACCGCGAGCUCUCACCCAUGUUUAACCCGACCUGUUUUCAAGAGGAGUUGUUGUACGGGCUACUUGGUGACAUGCACCUUCAGCAAGUGUGCAGAUACGGUGGCUCGCCGAGGACGUGUGGGCGGCCCGCCAGAGCUGAAAAUUAGAUCUGCAUCAAGUCCCAACCGACCACGUUCAACUACACAAGCCAAGCAAGUUCAUCCGAGCCGCAGUUCAGAUUUAGGGAAAUCACUCUGCGCUCAGGGUUCCCAAUCAUGCCGUGUCAUAAUUCGUGCCCACGGCUUGAGCUGUCGUGGAGGAGGCGAGGUGACCUUGAUUGGAACGACCUCCAGACUGGUCUGCAAAAUGAACAUGUUACAGAGCAAGAAUUUCUAUCCAACCUUCUGCGUGCAGACUUUGAUAUCCUGGUCAUAUACCUGGGCUUUUUUUGAAACAAAAUUCUACUAUGGUGGCAACAAUGGUUAUGUUUGGCACAAGCUUAACAUGUUCAGUCGCUGGAUUCCUGCAACCGAAACCAUGAUACUGGUUGUGUUUGAUCCACCCGCCCCAAUCAGAGAGAAAUUACCCACCCCAAUGAUCCCACCCUUUUUGCAAGGGCGAUCAAAGGAUCCUUUUUGGGUUUAUGAAGGAAUAUUAAGGGAAAUUCUUGAUCUGCAAGACAAGUCCGUCUGGAUGAUUCGUGACCAGGUCAGGGUGGUAGAAAAGAACCGGGCGCUUGUGACCCAACCAAAUCCCAACUACAGCCAUCUCCACGAACUAGCAAGACAUGCAAUUCACGUAUCAGAGACGCUCGACACCGCAGCUACCACGGUAAAUAGCAUUCUGCAGCGGCACGCAGAGUACGUGGCGGGUGUCAGUGAUGCCAACAAGGAUCAAACACGGUCCUCGAAGCAGCUACAAGACAGGCUACAUUUUCUGGAACAGAUGUUCAUCAGUCUCAAACACCGCUCCUCAUCCAACCAAGCCAGAUUGCAAAACGAGAUACAGCUAUCGUUCAACAUCGUGGCACAGUCUGAUGCGAGGACUUCGGUCGAGAUCGGGCGAGCAGCACAGAAGGACAGCGCUGCCAUGAAGACGGUUGCUUUCUUGACUUUGGUCUUUCUGCCUGCCACUUUUAUCUCCGCCAUCUUCAGUACUUCAUUCUUCAACUUUGAUGGGCCAGAGGGUACCUGGACUAUUUCGGAUAAGAUCUGGAUAUACUGGGCUGUCGCAAUCCCUGUAACCCUCUUCACAAUACUGCUGUGGUAUUUUUGGCACAUGGUUAUUCCACAAGCUCUGAUCGGUGAUAGGCGACUUCUUUGAUUAGAGGACGUAUCACAGAGGGUAAUAUGGCCGGGCUGACGUACACUACACUACACAUACUAGGAUCUUCAGUCGAAGGAGAUUUGGUUUCUAGUGUAAAUGCAAUGUGGUGUAAACGCUCCUCCCUCCUCCCUCCUCCUCCCAGCUAC